AUGUCUACAACUCAAAAUCAAACACAAAGCUAUUAAUCAAACUACCAAGAAGGAUAUAAAACUCGCGGCUACAAUUAGAACUAUGACCGCAGAGGAGGAUAUUACAACGAUAGAAAGCAAGUUGACUACGAUAGAAGUUAUACUGAUAGAAGAUACAACAACUAUAACAAUAAUAGAUAGGGAAACUAUGACAAUGGUGCAUCUAACUAUAAUAAUGAAUAUCAAGGAACUAGAGGUGGUAACAAUUACUACAAAGAUGACCACUACGCGACACAAAGCAGAUAGUAACAACAAUAAGAAGAUGAGUAUUACACUGAUGAGGAGCCAGUUGAGGAGUCUGAUGAUGAGCAGCUUACUGAUGAUCAAAAGAAGUUCAUUUAGCAAAAGCAAUACUAGUAUAAGAAUGCUGCACCAGUGUUCAAGGCUGAAGAUGUGCAUAAGAUUUGCAUUGAUUUUGACUUUGAGGAGGAGAAGAUCGAUGAGUAUUUGAAAGUUUAUGAGAUAGAAGAAAAAUACAAGGGUAUUCCUGCCUACGAAUGGCAUUAGACUCAGACUAAGGAACAGAAAGCACAAGAUAGAAGAAAGAAAUUGCUAGAAGCUGAGAGGAAAAAGAGAUAGGAGGAGAGACUAAAGUAAAUAUAGGAGGAGAGAGAACGCCGUAAAGUAGAAAGGGAGGAGAAGCGUCUAGCCUAUCUUGAGAGAAAGAAGAAAUUCGAGGAGGAAAGAGAAAGACGCAGAGCUGAGUUGGAGGAAAAACAAAAGACAUAACCUCAAACUCAAACAACCUAAAAUACUUAUGCUCUUAAACAAGGAUCAAAGACUCUCGUUUUCAAAAAGAAGGGUCUAACUGAGGAAGGAUAAGAAGUGUCACCAAGUUAACAGCCAGAAUAGGAGCAGACUGAGGCUAGACCAGCUAGAGGUGGAAGAUACCAAGCCAGAGGUUAAAGAGGAGGUAAGGCUCAGUAUCAAGCUAAGCCUAGAUAUCAACCAAAAGCUAAACCAGAAGAGCAUAUCCAGCAAGAUGAAUCCUAAUUAGACUAGGUUGCUAACAACUAACAUCAGUCUCAAAAUCACAAAGAAGAAAAUUACUAAAACCAUUAGGAAAAUAAUCACUAAACUCAUCAUUCAGUGCAAGCCAACUAAUAGGAUGAUGUUGAGGAAGAACCAGAGGAAUAAGCUCACAAGCAGGCAGAGGUUGAUUCAGAUCAAGAAGAUACCAAUGAUCUACUUAGAAAGGCUGCUAAUGCUGGAAAAGACUAGUUAGAUUCAUUUACACCAUCAAAGACUCAAACUCCACAAAAGCAUAAUCAUCAAGAGCAGGAGAGAGUAAAUGUUACCUAAUAACUCUAAAAUCUAUAAGUAAACUCAACUGCUCAAGUUUAAGUUUCAUAACCAUUACAUACCGCACAUCACUAGCAAAUGAACUAUCUUCCUACACAAACUCAACAAACAGCUUCAAAUGUCACGUCCUCUUAGCAAUAUGGUCAAACUUAAGACUCAAGCCUAGGGCAACAAGAUUUGAGCCAACAAUAUUUAUCCAAGGAGUAAUAGCUCUUCCUCAUUCACUAAAUGAACCUUCAAUAGCAGAUGAUUCAGCAAAUGCAGCAAUAGCUAUUGAUCUAAUAGCAAUGGGCUGCUCAAUUUUCUCAAGCAUAAGGAUUACCUCAACAAUAAAAUCCAUUGAUGCAAGCUCCAGGAUUCCAAUUCGCUAUGACUCAACCUAUGUAUAAUAGCACAAUCGGACAACCCUAAGGACUCAAUAAUGCCCAGCCUUUUAUGUACAUGCCAAUGUAUCAACCACCUGUUAUAGGAGGACUUGGUGUUCAAGCUUCAUUAGCUACUCAAUAAAGCACAGCCUCUCAAUCAACUCAAUAGCAUGAAGAAAGGAAAUGA